UUAUUGUGUGAACACUAUCUCCGGGAAAUAGGCGUUUUGAGAACAUUUUCCGUAUUAAACGUUGCCCUUCAACUCAGAUUUGUGUGUGUGUUUGGAGGUAAAUGGAUUGUAUAAUAGGGUGGAAUGGAUGGUUGAAGAGGAGGAGAAGCGGAACAACAAAAGAGACGAAGAGCUUUUUGGUCGUGUAUAACUGAUUAUUGGGCCUUAAUGGAAACGGCCAUUUGUCGAAAACGGUCUAAAACCGUUGCCCAGGAGACCGCAUCCUGUCUGAAAGACGUUGAGAACUUUUACAAGGCGUAUAAAAGGACCUGUGCGAACGGGUAGCAUCGGCGGAGGGUGGACCUGGUUAGCGUGGGUGGGGCAGGGAUGCGGCUGCCGCGAGGAAACGCUCAAAGGGUAGGUGGGAAAAAUGGCCAGAACGGAUAAACGAGGGAUAAACUUUAAAACCGUUCAGUUUAACAGGAUUCAUUCGCACCACGCAUUUUCACGUUUCAUUUCGCUCGUACCUUUUCGUUGGCCCCAGUUCGCGUCAGUAUAUUUUUUUCAUUUUUAUUAUUAGCUGAAAAAAUAUAUAAGUAUAUUAUUAUCGUUGUUACACAACUCUGAUGGAACUAUAUGCCUACUGUUAAAAAUACUACAAUAUAUAUCAAAGUAUAUUUAUAAGUAUAAGUAUAAACGAAAUAUUUAUUGAGCAGUAAUUAACGGUGUUAUUCGUUGUUGAUCUUCGGAGCAUAAUAUUUCAUUACGACAAGUAAACUUUACCGCUUUUGAGAUAUGGAUACGUCUUCGGACUCGGAAAGUGAACUCUCGCCCGGCGCUUAUAACCAAGUGGCGUACGAAGCGGCUGCCGCGAUGACCGGUUACGACGACACAGCAAUCGUUAAGUCACCGUCUCGACACUCAGAGUCUUCAGGCAGUGGCAGCGAUGUUGCGGAACCACGUGGUGCUUUAGCCCAUCACAAAUUCUCCAUUGACCGCAUCCUGGGUCGGUUCAGCGGUGGCGACGGUGCCGCCGCGACGGCCAUCGACUCCUGUCCAGAGACAUCGGACAUCGGCAAACGUCACCGGAACGACUUGGCGUUACGCGGCGUGGAUAGCAUUGCGGAUCUUAACGGUCAUAACUUUCCUUAUUCAUCGCUGCUGUAUGGCGGGUGGUUUGCAGCCGCGGCUGCCGCAGCGGUGGCAAACAAGACACCACCGUCCCAUUUAUUUGGUCUACAGGCACCAAAAACAGUGGGGCGAAGAUCUAGAAAACCCGGUUUGGAUCGAAAACCAAGGCAAGCGUAUAGUGCAAAACAGCUAGAAAGAUUAGAAGCAGAGUUUAAAACGGACAAAUACCUGAGCGUGAGCAAGCGCAUGGAGCUGUCCAAGGCGCUGAACCUGACCGAAGUGCAGAUAAAGACGUGGUUCCAGAACAGGCGGACCAAGUGGAAGAAGCAGCUGGCGUCCAAGCUGAAGAUCGCGCACCGGCACGGAUACUUCCAACCGGUGCAGCAUUACGCGUCGCUGUUCGCGCCGCACUGUUACUUCCCGGCGGCCGCGGCCGCGGCGGCGGUGACGGCCGCGUCCACGGCGAACUCGCCGCCGUCGGUUACCGGAGGUGCGCUUCAGAACUUCGGUUGCGGUCCUCCGCCGCAGCAGACGACCACUUCGACGGGACCCGCCGAGUCGCUGGAACACGACGAGGCGGCGGCGGCGGCGGCGGCGGUCGAACGUCACGCGGCCAAAACGGAACGCCAACACCAUCAGCACCAUCACAACCACCACCAUCCGAUGCACCACCAACAGAGAUAAAAUAAUUUCCCUUAUUUAUCGCGCUCUCGUCGUGUGUCGUCGCCGCGCACUUAUUGUCCGUCUGUAUUAUAAUCGCAAGCGUUGUCAUAAUAAUAUAUAAACAGUGCGGGAUCUAAGUCUGCUCUGGGAAGGUCGGCGGGGUGCGAUUGCUGUCGUUGGAGACUUAAAAUUAUUGCUAUUUAUAUAUCUGUCGUUUGAAAUUGUGUACAUUAUUAUUUUUAUUUUUUUGUAUUUUGAAAAAAGGAAGUAAAUAAUAUAAUUAUGUUUAAACUCCGUGUGAAAUACUGCGUGAUUCGUGCAGUGUUCUUUUAAGUCGAGUCGCACCGCGAGUUGCAGGGAUACGGCUGAGUCUAUAUAAACUGAGAUUAAAAUAAACAGACCUUAAUUUCUUAAAACGGCUAAUUUUUUAUCGAUCACUAUUGUUUUCAAUUUCUUAUAAUAAUUUUACAAAUUCGGUAAAUCUAUAACCAACAAUCGAUCGUAAAAACAAACUCGAAGCCUCCAGUGAUUGCACCCCCUGCACCCACACUAAUCACAGCACUGGUUAUAGCGUCGUUUAGCUGCUAGGCAUAGGUGCCUAAAUACCUACUAUUACUUACCAGCUAUACCAAUUAUUUAGGAUGUAAGACACGCACUACAACGGCGAUAAUAAACAAUGUUAUGAUAAUAAUAUAACGAUAUUGUGUUUGUCAUUGUGCAAGUCGAGUUGGCUCAAAUAGUCAAAUGCCAUGUACAUAUUAUUAUUUAUCGUCGUCUAUUGAGAUUCAUUUUUGAUGAGUCAAAACAAUGAACAAAUUCGAAUUCACAUUUUGAUAAGGUAUUAUAUAGCCAUUACGUACCUACCUAUAAUAUAUAGGUAUCAAUGCAUUAAUGAUUUUAAGACUCGUGAAAUCAUUUAAGUAUAAAAUAUUUAACCUAACCUGAGAUUGUAUAACAACAUUAUGUUUACAGUGAAAAAUCAAAAUAUUUCAAUGGGGUAAUAUUAAAAAUCUUAAGUAAAAUUAACUUUUUGGACAGCUGCAUUUACACUUUUAAAAGUUAUUAAUUAUUAGGGGACAUAUACAUAAUAUAGGUCAGGUACCUACUGCUUAAAUUUCGAAAUUCCAAGCAUAUAAAUAGUUUUUUGUUCUUAAAAAGUUGGACCAUUCCGAUUAGGUCACGGUUGUUCUGCCAGCGAAGAUAUGCAAGUAAAAUAUUUUAACAGUGAAACUUCUGAAUAGCGAACAUAUUUGGAAAUUUGUUAGCUAUUCGAAAGUGGUUGGAUAUGGAGUAGGUUGUAGGCUCAAGAUUGUGCUGUGUAAUAAACAAUAAUGAAUGUUCAGGUCAAUUAAUAACUAUACGAGUAUACGACUGCAUGUAGGUACCUACUAAUAUGAAUAUUGAAUAUUAGUACAUUAAAUUUACAUUAUGUAAGCACAUACAAACACUAGAAAAUAGAAUAUUGACUUGAUAAUGAUAAUAAUAUUAUACCUACUUUGUUAAUGGUAAUUAUUAUUUAAAAACAUAUUUUAUUUUAACUAUUGAUGGGUAAAACCUCUUAAAAUAAAAGCGGUAUAGGUACGUAUAUCACCUCAUAAUAUCUAUUAUGGUUCAAUGAAAACAAUCGCCUACUUUGAUUUGUUUGGUAAUUUGACGGGCCAAGACUCUCAGCGGAUUUUGUGGUUGAACAGUGGAGAAGAACGAAGCAUUAGCAUGUGUGUCGGUUGAACUGAUUGAAACGAUCAUCAUAUUUAGUAAUAUUACGGCUAUACGUCAUAGAUUUUU